GAGAGGCAGGCCUGAGAGGGGAGCAAGAAUAAAUUUGUUCCCAGAGAGAGGAAAAUCAGCUACUGUGAAGUUAAGUCUGUCAAAAUGUUGAGGAGGAAGAGGAGUGUGUCAUUUGGGGGAUUUGGAUGGAUUGACAAGUCAACUUUGUCUGCGCUGAAAGCUAGGAAACAGGAGCUGUUGACCAUCUCCAACGUCCCUCUUGGAGAAUGUCCCCCCUCCCCGCCCCGUACUGCACCACCCAGCAUGAAGUCUGCAGAGUUCUUCGAUAUGCUGGAGAGGAUGCAGGAUGACUACAUCCCUUACCCGCGGAUAGAAGAUGUCCUGGAGAAGGGUAGUCCGUACCCCCAGGUGAUCCUGCCCCAGUUUGGUGGUUACUGGAUCGAGGAUGUGGAAGCACCGACAGGGACACCCACCUCAUCAGAAUCUAGUUUCUGCGAAGAAGAGUAUGGAGGAGGGGGUAUGAGUCCCACUGGAAGCCACGGCUACCGCUUAGAGUGCAACAGCACCGCCCGCGCCUACCGCAAAAACUUCCUAGGCAUGGAGCAUAUGAACUACUACUGUACAGGGAGCAGUAUAGGUAAUCUUAUCAUGUCUCUGAAACAUGAGGAGGCGGAGGGACAGGAGUUCCUUCGAAUCAUGCUCAGGUCGAGAAUUAAGACGGUCCAUGACAGGAUCUCUCUGGCAGGCCUCAGCCUGCUGCCCAGUGUACCUCAGAUAGCCAAGCUUCUGUGUGAUGACGCCACAGGGCUGAAGUUCAACCCAGUCCUGUACCCCAGGGGCUCCCAGUUGAUAGUGGCUUAUGACGAACAUGAGGUGAACAACACUUUCAAGUUCGGAGUCGUCUACCAGAAGUUUGGACAGACAUCUGAGGAGGAGCUGUUUGGCAACAAUGAGGAGACCCCAGCCUUCAGGGAGUUCCUCAGCAUCCUGGGAGAAAACAUUGACCUUCAGGAUUUUAAGGGGUUUCGCGGCGGGCUGGACGUGUCCCAUGGACAGACAGGAUCUGAGUCUGUCUUCACUGUCUUCAGGCAGCGAGAGAUCAUGUUCCACGUCUCAACCAAGUUACCCUUCACUGAGGGGGACAUCCAGCAGCUCCAAAGGAAGAGGCACAUAGGAAAUGAUAUUGUGGCAGCAGUUUUCCAGGAGGAGGCCACACCCUUUGUGCCGGACAUGAUCGCCUCAAACUUCCUGCAUGCAUACGUGUUGGUGCAAGUUGAGAACCCCUGCACAGAGAACACAACGUACAAGGUGUCUGUUACAGCGAGGGAGGAUGUACCUGUUUUUGGACCCCCUCUCCCCAACCCGGCUGUUUUUAAGAAGGGCCCUGAGUUUCGAGACUUCCUGCUGACAAAGCUGAUCAAUGCUGAAAACGCCUGCUACAAAUCUGACAAAUUUGCCAAACUAGAGGGGCGAACGCGAGCUGCAUUGUUGGAUAAUCUCCAUGAUGAGCUGCACCGACAGAGCCAAGCCACGCUGGGCCUGAGCCAGACGGGAGAGGAGGACAAGCUGGAGAAUGGGGGGCACGGAGGUCUCCUGGAGUCAUUCAAGAGGGCCAUGCGUGUCAGGAGCCACUCAAUGGAGACAAUGGUGGGCUCUCAUCGCCACAGGAGCCCCGGGGUCGGGGGAGGGGUCCCUGCCAGCACGAGUGGAGGGGGUCUGCCUCAGAGUGCCAGCGAAUGCACCAAGAGCACCUUCACCCCCCCUGCUCUGUCAGCCAAGUCUCCUCUGAAGAGUCCCGUGAAACGACGCUCCGGCCUCUUCCCUCGUCUCCACUCCAGCACAGAAACCCCCUCAGAAAGACAGACACGCAGCAAUGACCAAAAGCCAGUGGAGCUCUGCUCGCUAUCACAGGAAGUGAAGUCAGAGACAUCAUCCAAUCCUAGUUCUCCUGAAAUAUGCCCCAACAAAGAUAGGGCAUAUAUCAAAUUGAAGGAAUGCAGUAGUGGAAGACCCAACAUUUCACGCUCUUCAUCCAGCACAAGUAGCUUCAGCAGCACAACGGGAGAAACUGAGGCCCUUGAGGAACUGGAGACAGGUGGCCACCCCUCAACAGCCUCCUCCAUGGUCUUUAGCCCGGCCCUCACUGUUGACAGCCCAGGAUCAGGCGCCCCUGUUAUUGUGUGCCGCAGUCCCACAGGUUCUACGGAUGUGAAGACUAAGACGUCUCCCAGGUCAAACUUGAAGUUUCGCUUUGACAAACUGAGCCACUCAGCCACAACUUCGGAGUAGCAGCGUGGGACAGAAAUGCAGACUGUUGCACAACACAGGGAACACACAGGCUGAUGGAGCUUCAAAAAAAACAAAAAACAACAACAACACAGAAAUAGCAACGGCGAUACAAAAUCAGCAUUGAAACAUAC